AUGACACUUGAGCAAAGAUGGGAGCAAAUAUUCAGUUGUGAAAAUGAUUACAGUGAAGGGAAUGUUGUGUCUUUGGAUGUUGCAGUACAAACAGAAAUAGUCAUUAUGGCGAGCAGAGACACAGUGUGGGAUGAGAAUAGUGUGAUGAAUGGGGUGACUUGGUUUACGAGCUUUAUUGGUAUAGGAGAAGAAGUGAAUAUUGGGUUGAGCUUGCUAAUUGUUGACAGAAUGAAAUGGGAGCAAGAGAGAGGAGGGUGGAUUAGCAGGAAAAAAAGGCAAGCGAUGGUGAAUAAAACAGAGCAGUAUGCAGGCAUUGGUGUUGGUGGGUUGAGUAGGUUUGGUUGCUAUGUCUUGGUUGAGAGAUUUGUGUUGAAAAGAAUGGAUGGAAGUGUGGCACUAACCUAUGAUUUCAAGCACACUCGUGAUUAG